CAAUAAACAUAUAAAAAGGCUUGUUCUUCCUUGGUAGUCACCGGUUUAGGGUUUUCGUUUCUCUUAAGGCUUUUUUAUCUCCCUCGAUAGUCUCUCCUUGUUUGAUAUAGCAGAGAGAAACCCUUUUUUUCCUUUGCGAUCCUUCUCCAGAAAUUCAGAAUAUUUAAAUUAAGGGGACACGUUUUUGUGGAAAGUAAAGCUGGAGAAAAACAGUGACAUUUGUUCUCUGUUUACUUUUGCUUUUCUAAGAGUCAAGGCACCAAAGAUGAAGACUAGUCAGCCUGCUAUUUUCGAUGAUGAUGUUAAAGAGUUUCCCUCUUUAUUACUGCUAGAGAUUUAGAUUUGUUAGCUGAGUUCCUAUUCAAGGUUUCAGGUUUAGCGUUGUUAGCAGAUAGAAAUGGAACCACACAUCGUCAAGGUAUUGGAUAGUGAUUUUAAAGAUGGACUUGGAAAAAAAAGAAAGCAUCCCGCGUACUUUACUUCAUAUGAUACUGGAAGGUCAUUUGCAAAGCUGCAAUGCGUGCUCUCACCUAACGGUUCAACUGAAAAGCUUGAUAAAAGUAGAAACAGAGCUAAUGUUUCUGAGAAUCUCUCUGGGAAGUCUUUGGUCAGAUACUACUCUUACUUUAAGAAGACAGGAGUCCCAAAGCGUGUGAUGUUCUAUGAGAACGGUGAAUGGACUGAUUUGCCUGAGCAUAUUAUUGGAGCCAUCAGGAAUGAGCUUGAAGCAAAGCGAGCUGCAAUUGAGGUUAGAUUGUCCGGUCGAGAUUUUGUUCUUGAUUUCUUACAUAUGCAUCGACUGGACUUGGAAACUGGUGUGAAAACACACCUUGCAUGGAUUGACAUUGCUGGAAAAUGCUUUUUUCCUGAAGUUUAUGACAGUGGGGAAGAUCUUGAACAAGAUGGUCCAUGUGAGAUCAAGCUGCACCUUGAAAUUGAUAUCAAUGGUGGAAAAUCACCAAAGCUGAAGUUGAAUAGUAUAGAUGAUAUCAAAAUUGUUCAGAGAUCUUCGAAUGGGAGAUGUGAAGAGGCGUCAGAGGAUAGCUGCAGCCACGAGACAAGAACUAGUAUGUUCUCUGGUGUCAAGCCUGCUGAGGAAGAACUUGAUAUAGAUGCUGUCAAAGAAAAGUUUGUUAUAGGUAUGGCCACUCUAGGUCAUGUAGAGUUGUUUGAUGCGUAUCGGUUUUCAGGUGACAUCGCCAAAGAUCGUCAAUCUCUUUUCAAGAAUCAAGCUGACAUCACUAAGCUAAGCCGAGGAGAUGCAAACAUAAGAUAUGCUUGGCUUCCUGCGAAAAAGGAACAGUUAUCUGCUGUAUCGAUGCAUGGACUUGGAGUCUGUGGAGAGUUAAUCAAAAAGUCAAAGUAUGGUGUUGGUGUUCACUUAGCUGCUGCAAACUGUCCUUACUUCAGUGCUACACAUUGUGAUGUUGAUGAAAAUGGUGUGCGUCACAUGGUUUUGUGCCGUGUGAUAAUGGGGAACAUGGAGCCUCUUUGUGGUGAUAGAGCUCAGUUUUGUACUGGUGGAGAAGAGUAUGAUAAUGGAGUUGAUAGUGUCUCGAGUCCGAAGCAUUAUCUUGUCUGGAACAUGAAUAUGAACACUCAUGUUUACCCAGAAUUUGUAGUUAGCUUCAAGCUGUUGUCUAUCCCCAAUGCUGAAGGGAAUAUACUUUCUGCUACUCAGAGUAAGCAUGAGAGUUCAGGGCUCACCUUGGAAGGAGCCAAAGGUCCUCUCUCCAAUGGGCUAGGAAGUGGGAACAACAGUGCUGGUUCCAGCACUAGGAGACCCAGCUCUACUUUGAUGCCUUACCCUCUGCUUUUCAAUGCCAUCUCAAGAAAAAUUGCUCAGAAAGACAUGGACUUGAUCACUGCUUAUUACAAACAACUUAGGGAGAAGAAGAUAUCUCGAGAGGGAUUUUCGAAGAAGCUGAGGAUGAUUGUUGGAGAUGAUGAACUUCUGAAAACCACCAUUACAGCUCUGCAACGCUUGCCGCCACAAAAUGCCAUGAAAAUGGAACCGAUCACAAGUGGCUGUUAA